UUUCAAACUGCGUGUGCUUGUGUGUGUGAGUGAGCAAGAGCGCAUCUGCCAGUGUUGUAAGGUGCCAAAAGUGCGAUCUCGACCGAACCAGUAGUUGUCCCACUCGCACUUCAGUGAGGCAAAAGUUAAAGUCUGUUUAGUAGCAAAACAGAAUUGCAGCGAAGAAAAGCGGAAUCAGCGACAAAAUUAGCCAUUAGCAGCGGUUUACAUAUAGAUUAGGCCAGCAAAGCGACAUAACGCCCGAGUGGUAAAUUAUCCAAUGGAGUCGGCCAAGGAUUUUGUGGUGGCCAAGUACCAAGGCUUAUGUAACUUCCUCGAGCGGGACACCCGCGGCAGCGAGCUUGCCAUCUACGGCACCUCGGCUCUCAUGGUGGCCGUGGCCUAUGCGAAGCGGAAGCCAGCCUACCUGGUGCGCCAGUUCAAGCAGCCAUCGCACAUCCCGGAGCGUCUCAUCAGCGAGCGCGUCAUGCACACGGGCAGGAUCGCCGGGGUCAAACAGCAGGAGCAAGACACCCUGCUGAUGAUCCAGCACCGGCCGCUGAUCCCAAUCUUUACCAGCCGCAAACGCCUGCUGCCCGUCAAGCUGCCGGGCGUGCGCGUCAAUGCUAACGGCUACUCCUGGUUGCAACAGUGCCUCAUCGGCCGCGAAGCCACCUUCCUGCCCCUAAAUGCCGCCAAGGGACAGGACUUUGUCGUCUGCCAGCUGUGCCUGGUCCAUCCGCCCCGGGGCAACCGCCUGCUGGACGUCUCGGAGACCCUGCUCAAGCUCCGCUUCGCCCGAUUCGUGCAGGAUGCCGCCGCCGCGGUUAAAAGGAACGGAAAGUACUACCAACAUCUGAAAAAGGUGGAGCAGACCACCGCGGAGAAGGAAGCCUUUCUGUCCUGGGCCUCCGGAUAUCCCUACAUCUGGCGCCGCUAUAACGAACUGAGGCAGCGCUGGUUGCCCAAGGAGAAGCUGCUGCCGGAGCUAGUACGCUGAUUGCGAUAUUCACGCUCCUGCCUAAAGCUUAGUUACAGGGCAACGUUGCUACCAUUAAGUUAGUUCUAUGGCCAGCUACUCUCUAUAUUUGUAUUCUGCCUUUUUACUAACUAUAAUAUAAGACAGCAUUUGUUUACAAACUCUCGAGCACAAGUACACAAGUCAGUCUCAAAGGCAUAUUAGUGAAGGCAUAUAGCUAGCGACUUGCCAACGACAACGAAUCAAAUGCCAAUCGAUGCCCUGGCGGUACGUGAUCGUGUGCUAAUUUCCACACCCAGUAGAGCAAAGAAG